AUGAUGAAGGUUGGUGAACUAACAUAUAUUGUGGCAGGUGAAUUGCCCGCUGAGCUUGGCAAUCUUAAUGUUGUGGAAAUUAAUGUCGCUGACAAUCACUUGAUGGGCCCCAUUCCCUUUUCCAUAUUCAACAUAUCUACUUUAUUGAUGAUGGGACUUUCUUUCAAUAACUUUUCGGGCCAUCUUCCUUCAACCAUGGGACUUUCACUUCCAAAUCUUGAAUUACUUCAUCUGGCUGACAACAGACUCAGUGGAGUAAUUCCCAGCUCUAUCACCAAUUCUUCUAAGCUUACUAUUGUAGACAUGACUGGUAACUCUUUUAUUGGCACUAUACCCGACUUUGGUAAUUUAAGACUCUUACGACGCCUUGCGAUGGGAGGAAAUAACUUGACUGGUGAAUCUUUGAGAUUGUUCUCUUCGUUAACGAACUGCCAGGAUUUAGAGAUUCUUGAAGUAGCUGCAAAUAAGCUAAGUGGUGUCCUCCCAACUUCCAUUGGGAAUUUAUCAACUUCUCUUCGGAUAUUGAGAGCAUUUGAAUGCAACAUUAGUGGUGUUAUCCCUGCCGAGAUUGGAAACUUAAGAAGCUUGGAAGAUUUAUAUUUAGAUAACAAUCAGUUGACAGGAUUCAUCCCCAGAACAGUUGGAAAAUUAAAAAGUCUUCAACGCAUAUAUCUUCAACACAACAAACUAGAUGGAUAUAUCCCUGCUGAGCUUUGCCAGUUAAGCAAUUUGGGGCACUUGUACCUGAGUGACAAUAUGCUCUCUGGAUCAAUUCCUCCAUGCUUGGGUGAAUUGAAGUACCUGAGAGGAGUCUACUUAGACUCCAACAAAUUGAAAUCCACUGUACCAUUAAACUUCUGGAACCUUAACGAUCUCCUACAACUAAAUUUGUCUCAUAAUAGUUUAAGUGGCCUUCUACCUUCUGAGAUUGAAAUUUUGAAGGUCAUCAGAGAACUAGACUUAUCCUGGAAUCACUUCUCAGGUGAGAUCCCAAGCUCCAUUGGCAAAAUACAAUCUCUGGUUUUGAUAAAUUCUGCACAUAAUAAAUUUGCAGGAAAAAUUCCGGAGUCUCUGGGGAACAUAAUAAGCUUGGAAUCCUUAGAUCUGUCAUAUAAUAAUUUUUCAGGAUUGAUUCCAAAGUCAUUAGAAACACUUAAGUAUCUACAAUAUUUUGACGUUGCUCACAACAGAUUAGAAGGAGAGAUUCCAACUGGGGGUAAUUUUGCGAACUUCACUAGUCAAUCAUUUAUGAAGAACUAUGCUCUCUGCAGUGAAGAACGAAUACAAUUUCCACAUUGUAGAAAGACUCUCAAAAGAUCAAGGUCAAAGAAUGUGGUUUCAUUAAUGAAAUAUAUUCUCGCCCCUAUCAUAUCUGUUAUCCUUGCAGUGAUCAUAACACUUUUGGUGGUAAGAAGACAGAAAUUGAAUAAACAUGCAACCGAGAAUGAAAUUUCAUUACAGCUUGAAUGGAGAAGGAUUUCUUAUCGAGAACUUCGAGAUGCAACAAAUGGCUUUCGCAAAAGCAACAUACUUGGAAGUGGAAGUUUUGGUACAGUAUAUGGAGGGACACUUUCUGAUGGACUAAACAUUGCAGUAAAAGUUUUCAAUUUGGAGUCAGAAGAAGCAAGAGCAACUAAGAGCUUUGGUACAGAAAGUCAGGUACUAAGCACCACUCGCCAUAGGAAUUUAGUGAGAAUCAUUGGAUGUUGCAGCAGUAUAGAGUUCAAAGCCCUAAUACUGGAGAACAUGCCCAAUGGGAACCUUGAGAAAUGGUUAUAUUCCCACAACUCUUUCUUGGACAUUCUAAAAAGAUUAAAUAUAGCCAUUGAUGUUGCAUUAGCUUUAGAAUAUCUGAAUCACAGUCAUACUUUCACCAUUGUUCACUGUGAUUUAAAGCCUAGCAAUAUCCUUCUUGAUGAAGAUAUGGUUGCCCACAUUGGUGAUUUUGGUAUAGCCAAACUCUUUGGUGAAGGGGAGCUAAUUUCUCAAACAAAGACCUUAGCAACAAUUGGAUAUAUGUCACCAGAAUACGGAGCUGAAGGAAUAGUAUCCACAAGUGGCGAUGUCUACAGUUAUGGAGUGAUGCUGCUGGAGAUGUAUACAAGGAAGAAGCCGACAGAUGAGAUGUUUGAUGAACAAAUGAGCUUGAAAAGUUGGGUUAGUCAGUCAUUAGAUGAGCAUAGAAUAAUUGAAGUUGUGGACACCAAUUUGCUUGGAAGAGGAGACGAGAAUUUCUCCAGAAAGGAGCAAUGUGUCUCUUCCAUUUUGUCUUUGGCGAUUGACUGUUUGAUUGAUUCUCCAACGGAAAGAAUCAAUAUGAGGGAAGUUGGGGCCAGACUGCAAAAGAUUAAAGCUACGAUUCCAUCGAGAUAG